AUGCCCAUUGUGAAAUACCCAAGGGCUACAGAGCCUCUCUGGCAUGAAUGGGACAGGAAAGCACAGAAAUGUGGAUUAAGACACACAGUCUAUGCCGUAAAUGGGGAUCAGUAUACCGGAGAAUGGCUGAACAACUUGAAACAUGGUAAAGGCACCCAGGUAUGGAAACACACUGGAGCCAUUUAUAGUGGUGACUGGAAGUUUGGGAAGCGGGAUGGUUAUGGCUCAUACAGCAUUCCUGACCCUGUAACCAAGGAAUACAAGAAGGUUUACACAGGCUGGUGGAAAAACAACCAAAAAUGUGGCUAUGGGGUGACUUUUUACCGCAUUGGCGAGCACUACGAAGGCGAGUGGAGUGGCGGGCUGCGGAGCGGCUGGGGACGGAUGUAUUACUGGGACGGGUCCAUCUACGAGGGACAGUGGCUGGCGGACCAGCCUGGUGGGCAGGGGAUGCUGCGGCUGCCAAAUGAAAAUCGGUAUGAAGGAGGUUGGAAAGAUGGAAAGAAGCACGGCCCAGGGAAAUUCUUCUACCUGGAUAAGGGACAGUUGUUUGAAGGUGUCUGGGCAGCAGAUAUACCUAAAUGUGGAAUUCUGAUUGACUUUGGCAGAGACGAAGCUCCUGCCCCUACUCAGUAUCCAAUCCCAAAGAUUGAACUAGCUGAUCCAGAUGGUGUUCUAGCAGAGGCCCAGGCGAUGUUUGAGGACAGGCAGAAUUAAUAACUGGAUGCUGAAGAGAAAAAAGAAAAAAAGAUGUAAGAUAAGAACACUAUCCUGGCUUACUUAUUCAUUUGAGUCUCAAAUCCACACUGUGGUGCAUCGUGUCAUCUGCCUCACUCUUCCCUCAAGGCUGCUCACGUAUGCUUCACUCUGCAGGUGGCUUUGCUCAGAAGCCUCUUCCCAACAUUUUGGAAAAGAAAGGGAAAAAAGCUGGGACACACACACGACACCACCACAAGCAGAAAAACUCUGGGGGACACUGACUCUUUGCCCAGCUCUUCUGACUUAUUCCUCCUCUAAAGAAAUUGCACUCCUGUUGCAGGUUUCCAGGCCUUUCACGCUGCCCUAGAGAAGCAGCAGUGUUUCCGUG